AUGAAGAAGCAAGAGUUCUUAGAGUUGUUCGAGGCAGCAAUUCGAGCGGCCAAAACUGCGAGAGAGAAAACAAAUUCUUCUCCACAAGUCGCGAGGUGUGUCGACGCCAUGAAUCGUUUGAAAGAAGUUCCCGAGUCACUCGCUUUAGACGUUCUUCUCACAACCUCCUCCCUCGGAGAGAAUCUGACCAGAGUUUGCGUCGAACAUAGAAACCCUCAAAUCCGAUCAGACGCAAAGAAUCUUCUUAACACUUGGAUGAGGUACCUUUACGGUAGUAGACCAAAACGGAGCCGUCGUGAUGAAGUUAGAGACCGACGUGAUGAUAGAGAUCAAAAUCUGGUGAAGAUGAUGUCGACAGGAGAUUCUAAGAGAGACAAAGUGCGUGAGAUUCUUCAAAAAUCGUUGUCUAAAGUCGCUGAUGAGGUUCAUGUUGAGAUGAAGAAACGAGUGACUGAUUGUGAUUCUUGGGAUGUGGCUGUUUCGGUGGAAUCUGCAAUGUUUGAGAAAUUAGGUUGUUUCGAGGGACCUCAAAAACCAAAGUACAGAUCCAUUCUGUUUAACAUUGGAGAUAGUAACAAUCCUGACCUAAGGAGGAAAGUGUUGACUGGUGAGAUCAAUGGAGAGAGACUGAUGACGAUGAAGAGGGAAGAGAUGGGAAGUGACAAGAUUCAGAAGGAAGUGAAAGCAAUCAAAGAGAAAGCAGCAAGAUAUAAAGAAGAGAAUUGA